UAUUGGAGAAGACAUUCUUCUGUAUGUGGGCGUCAUCAGGCUGUUAUGCUACAGAUAGAACCAUAAGAUUCGUUUUAAAAUAUAUAUUUGGUUACGCUGUUUGAUGUUGUAAGUGACCUGACUGUACUUUUGCAGCGGAUCUGUAACAGGAAACCAUCAUUUCUUCAAGUAUUUCGUUCGGGAUUUGUUGUUCAAAGUAAAAGAUGGCCCAGUGGUGCCAGCUGCAACUACUGGAGUCUAAAUACCUGGAGCAGGUCGACCAGCUCUACGAUGACUCCUUCCCCAUGGACAUCAGACAGUACCUCAGCAAGUGGAUUGAGAGCAUCGACUGGGAAAAUGUGGCUGUUCAGGACUCCUUAGCAACAGUACGUUUCCAUGACCUCCUAGCCCAGCUGGAUGAUCAACACAGCCGCUUCGCCCUGGAAAACAACUUCCUGCUACAACACAACAUCCGCAAGAUCAAGCGAAACCUCCAGGACCACUUUCAGGAGGACCCCGUUCACAUGGCCAUGAUCAUCUCCAGAAACCUGAAGGAGGAGCAGAAGAUUCUGGCUGCUGCCAAAAGCAUAGAGACCGACAGAGAAAACACACAGACUAGCAUGGUUCUGGAGAAGCAAAAGCUGGACAACAAAGUGAAAGACAUGAAAAACAAGGUUCAGGAAGUGGAUCAGAAUGUAAAGUCUCUGGAAUACCUUCAAGACGAGCAUGACUUUAAGGAAAAUAACCUUAAGAACAGAGAACAUGAAAUGAACGGGCUGACACCCAAACAGCUGGAACACGAGAAGCUGCUGAUUGCAGAGAUGUGUUUCAAGCUGAAGUUUCAGAGAGUGGAAGUGGUUGGCCAGUUGGCGGAGGUGCUCAACAUGGCCGAGGCGGUCCAGUUAGACUUGAUCUCAGAGGAGAUGGCGGAGUGGAAGAAGAGGCAGCAGAUCUCCUGUAUCGGAGGACCACCCAACGCAUGUCUGGACCAACUGCAGAACUGGUUCACAGCGGUGGCGGAAAGCCUGCAGCAAGUGAGGCAGCAGCUGAAGAAGCUCCAGGAACUAGAGCAGAAGUACACAUACGACAACGACCCAAUCAAACAGCAGAAAAGCUUCCUGGAGGGGCGGGCCCUGUCACUGUUCCGGAACCUCCUAGAACAUGCCUUGGUGGUGGAGAGACAGCCCUGUAUGCCCACACAUCCACAGAGACCUCUGGUGCUGAAGACACAGGUGCAGUUCACUGUCAAGCUCAGAUUUCUUGUGAAGCUCCAGGAAUUCAACUAUCAACUCAAAGUGAAAGCUUUGUUUGACAAGGACGUUACAGAAAAGAAAGGGUUUCGUAAGUUCAACAUAUUGGGUACCAACACAAAAGUUAUGAAUAUGGAGGAGUCAAAUGGAAGCUUGGCUGCAGAGUUUCGCCAUUUGCAACUGAAAGAGCAGAAAGUAGCCGGAAACAGAACAAAUGAGGGGCCUCUCAUUGUGACAGAGGAGCUGCACUGUAUCUGCUUUGAAUCUGAACUCAACCAGUCAGGUCUGGAGCUCAAGCUAGAGACCAUCUCCCUGCCCAUCGUGGUCAUCUCCAACGUCAGCCAGUUGCCCAGUGGCUGGGCCUCCAUCCUGUGGUACAACAUGCUGACCAGCGAGCACAAGAACCUGAAGUUCUUCCUGAGCCCUCCUGCAGCGUCCUGGGGUCAGCUGUCUGAGGUGCUGAGCUGGCAGUUCUCCUCUGUCACCAAGAGGGGACUCAAUGAAGAGCAGCUAGGCAUGCUGGCCGACAAACUCCUGGGCCAGAAAGCACAGAGGAAUCCUGAGGGCCUUAUCCCCUGGACCAAGUUCUGUAAGAGUCUCAGUGAGAAGAGCUUUCCCUUCUGGCUGUGGAUCGAAGCUAUCCUGGACCUCAUCAAGAGACAUCUGCUGUCCCUGUGGAACGAUGGUUGCAUCCUGGGCUUUGUGAGUAAGGAGAGGGAGAAGGCCCUGCUGACUGGGAAGUGUCCAGGCACGUUCUUGCUACGCUUCAGUGAGAGUAGCAGAGACGGAGCCAUCACAUUCACUUGGGUGGAACACGACCAAUACGAUAAGCCUGUAUUCCAUGCAGUGGAGCCCUACACCAAGAAGGAGCUGUCUGCUGUCUCUCUGCCUGACAUCAUCCGCACCUACAAGGUGAUGGCAGCUGAGAACAUCCCAGAGAACCCACUCCGCUUCCUCUACCCAGACAUCCCCAAAGACAAGUCCUUCGGAAAGUACUACGCUAGGGCCUCCGAGGCAUCGGAGCCUAUGGAUGUGGAGAGUUCCAGCAGCACAGGAUACAUGAAGACAGAACUCAUAUCGGUGUCAGAAGUUCACCCAUCUAGACUGCAAGACAACAUGAUGCCCAUGUCGCCAGACGUGUUCGGUGAGCUGAAGAGGAGCGUUGCACCAGUGUUCCAGUGUUGGACUGGUCCAAAGGAGAUUGAUGCUGUGGCGUCUGAUCUCGGAGAGUUUUUAGCUGAAGACUUUCAGAUGUUUCAGAACACACCUGACUUGGACUGCAACUGAGCCAACAGACAGGUGGAACCUGAUCUUUUAGUUGUCUAGUUUUAUACUGAAGCCCAUUUCCGUCCUUUACUCUCCUUGAACUUCAGUAGUCACGUUCCAGAACAAAUACAUUUUACACUUAUAUAUUAUUAUAUGUAUUACACAAUUAAUAAUUUGGUGGUAAUGUGCAUGAACAUAAAAGACUUAGCUAACUACUGUAACAUUUGUAUAAUGAAUGAAUAGGGACUCCUAUGUCUUUCCAUGCCAAUAUUCAACCAUAUACAGUCCCGUGGGGUUAACUUGCGACGCCAGGGUUGUGGGAUCGAUUCUCAAGGGGGACCAGUUAAAAGUGUGGAAAUGUAUGCACUCACUACUGUAAGUCACUCUGGAUAAGAGCGUCUACUAAAUGACCCCAAAAAAUGAAUAAAGGGAGGUACCAUCCAUCUUUAAAAUGA